GUUGAGCUGACCAAGAACUUUGAGAUUGGUGUCUCAAACAAAACUGCUGAAUUUGUCAAGAUGAUUCCCCUCAGAAAGGUACAUUCACCAGUUAAAUUUACAGAUAAGUUUAAGUGUUUAAUACAGUGAUUCAGGAACUAAUAAUUUUUUGCAUGUUCCUGUCCCUGAGACUCCGGGUGGUGUUAUUUUUUAGAGGAAUGCUAUUGGAUGCUAUGGUUGCUCGUUCGAAGGGUGAGAACCUUCUUACGGAGAAUCUCUUAUUGAACAUGCAUACUUGUACCCAAGGCUUGGUUUCAAACACAAAGAUCUUCUACGAGGUUGCCGUUAAAAGGAGUCUGGGACAUGUAUGGCAUAGACAGUUACUCUGGUUCUGUAACUACAAGUACCACACAGAGAACACUGUGUCAUAUGUGGCCCUGAACAAGAUUGGCAUGUUCCUAUUGUGGAUGGAUCUGUGCUGGAAGAAUGCUUUUGGCAAGAUGCUUGUGAUUGGUUCUGUGGCGCCCUUCCGGGUCAAGGGACUCCGCUCUCUUCCGUGACCAGGACAUCCUCAUGGAGACCAAACUUGACAUCUCCGAUGAGGCCCAGAAGGAGCGGCAACGCCAUGAUUGAGGACAAUCUUGAGCUAUGUGCCUUCAAGUGAGCGGAGUAGUGCUUGGGGUCAAGACGGCAGCGUCAAAGAACUAUGUAGGACCUGAAUUCAGUGUUGAAACCAUGACCUGGCUGCCCGCAUCUCCUCUCUAACCUAGUAGAAGAAGCAAGUGCAGACUACUUUGGUCUUGCCUAGGCUUUCUUCAGACUAGGCUGGCUUGAAACGGCAGUUUUUUUUCUUUCUUGGGAAGGGUUUGUUUUGUUACCCAAUGCCCAAUUUGACCAGGUGAAAACCAGUAAACUUUUGUGCUAUGCCAUUGGUUUUUGAGUCUA